UUAUCAUCUGAACUAAUACACACUUCUUGUCCUGAUAACCCAGCUGAUGUUGAGUGUGUCCUUUCUAGCAAACACAAUAACGCCCCAAUUGCAGCUCAUCUUGAAAAUCAAAACAUUAACAAGCCAUGAUGAUGGUAUUCAUGGUAAAAAUAGUACAGCAACGUGGACUUCAGUUGAUAUUGAACCUCAGAAUAGGCCAGGUUUCCAUUCUGAACAAAGCUAAAUGAAGAGAACUGCAGUAUUACAAGCCUCAUCGUGCAAAUUUAGUCCAAAAUUUGAUUUCUAACAUCCUGAAUGUCUGAGAAGGAGAUAUUACUGCAAUAAGAUCUUGGGUGAAGACUGCCUUCUGUAAAGUCGGAGCUAUUCUACUAUAACAUACUUUCAAGUACUGCAGCAACCCUUAGCUAGUCCAGAGUCCCAUACCCUCAUAUCCUCAUCUGAAUAUUUACUUCCAUUGAAGUUAUAAAAAAAGCCUUCAUCAACAUGUUGGUUGGAAAUAAAAGGCAGAGAAGUGGCCGUCAAAGGAAGGAAACAAUUAUAAUCAAUGAUCAUACCAAUUAGAAGUAGAGUAAUUUUUUUCAAGUAUUGUUUCAUUUGAAGCAAUAUUAUGAAUAAGAUCAGCUAUUAAAAUAAACAAGGUUGCUUAUAGAACGAAAACAAAUUGAGAACUCCAUAUAUUGAAUGCACUGCACAAGUAGUAGAAAGAACCAUUUCCAGGAAAGUUGCAACCAAAUUGGUUGCUUCAUAUACAUUGUUGUAAAACAAUUAUCAUAUUUGGGAGUUUGAGGAGUUGGAAAAUUCCCCUAGUUUGAUGAGAAUUUCCAAAUCCCUUCCUAUUUUCUUGCUCUAGAAGAGAUAUUAAUGUACUAACACCUCAAUGAUCUGUGUUAAAAAUCAACAGUUGUGAGAGGAGUGGGACGCGAUUGGGGUGGGAUUUCGAACAGUGCCUACUUCAGUGAGUGCCAAUUGUAUUCUUUUGUCUUUCUUAAUGAGUUGGGGAUAACUAUAAGCUUAAUGGACGAUUUUCUGCAAAUAAUUUAAAACAAUCAGGAUUUCAACAAGAGAUGCGUCCUAAGAGCAACUCCAACUCAAGGUAUUAUAGUGGGUGCUAAACUCUAUUUUAACACCUUGAAUAGUGUAAUGGUAGAGUGGUAUAAUUUCUUGAUUCCAAUUCAAGGUCCUAAAAUGGGGUGCUAAAUGGUUAUUUUGGGCCAAGCCCAUUUAAAACACACCAUCUACACUCCACUCCACUCAUAGGCUCACAUACCUUUCCUCCAUUUAUACCUCCUCUCUCAUUCUCUUCAAAAGUGCUAGCACCCCUUGGAGUUGAUGAAAUCAUGCUGGCUAGGGCCAUAUGAAAAGGGACUUUCUUAAGAGCGGUAAACCACAAGCAUCAGUCAACGCAAACAGUUGAGCUAUUUAAAGAACCAAAUGGGACAAAGUCUUAUUCCUUCUCUCCUUUAUUUUAUUCCUGAUAAUCAUAUUGCAUUCAUUGCAAUUAAAUAAUAGCUUGUCAAGUCAUCAUAGAUUCAGAAUUCAGACAAAUAGAUGCAAUGGACAAAAGCUAACAGACAUUCCUAACUUCAAAUGAAUAUGAACAGCUUCAAACACAUUGCUGAUAUGGCAAUGCUAUCCAGAAAAACUCAAGGACAUAAAAUAAAAACAAGGGAUUAAGUAACUGUUCAGGCAAAACAUCAGUAGCACAGACAAUUGCAUAACUACAAAUUUGCUGCAUCAGAAAGAGAACAAUCUAUGGCCUAUAAAAGCCAUGUUCUACUUACAUGUUUCAACACAGAACUAAAUACAUCCAUAUAGAAUUAAGCAAGUGAAAAAAAUGGCAUUCCAACCAUCCAUAUCACUGCCUCUUGUUGCCUUAGCUUUGUCAAUCCUAUUUGUAGGCUCCAAUGCAGGAGGAAUUGCUAUCUAUUGGGGUCAGAAUGGAAAUGAAGGUACCUUAGCAGAGACUUGUGCCACAGGGAACUACGAGUAUGCGAUCCUAGCUUUUCUUUCAAGUUUUGGCAAUGGUCAGACUCCAAUGAUAAACCUUGCUGGACACUGCGAUCCUUACAGUAACGGCUGCACAGGAUUAAGUUCAGAUAUCAAAUCAUGUCAGGCCAAGGGCAUCAAGGUUUUGCUUUCUAUAGGAGGAGGUGCUGGUAGCUAUUCCCUUGCUUCCUCUGAGGAUGCAAGGCAGGUUGCUACUUACUUAUGGAAUAACUUCUUGGGAGGUCAAUCAUCUUCUCGUCCACUCGGAGCGGCUGAUCUAGAUGGGAUUGAUUUUGACAUCGAAAGCGGAACAGACCAAUACUGGGGUGAUCUUGCUAGGUAUCUCUCAGGUUAUAGCAAGAAGGGUAAGAAAGUGUACCUAACUGCAGCUCCGCAGUGUCCUUUUCCUGAUGCUUCGAUAGGAAAUGCUCUCAAGACUGGUCUAUUUGACUAUGUUUGGGUCCAGUUCUAUAACAACCCUCCUUGCCAGUACAAUUCCGGUGAUGUCAGCAGCUUUGAAGAUGCAUGGAAACAGUGGACUUCUGAUAUUCCCACCACCAAAAUUUUCCUAGGACUACCGGCGUCUCCAGAAGCUGCAGGCACUGGUUUCAUUCCUGCAUCUACUCUCAUAUCAACUGUGCUUCCAGUUAUUAAGGAUUCAACUAAGUAUGGAGGUGUUAUGCUGUGGUCCAAGUACUAUGAUGAUCAAAGUGGCUACAGUUCUUCCAUCAAGAAUGAUGUUUGAAUACAGUAUAUAUUUGAUGGAUGAACGUUAAAAAGUGUUCCUAAUACUUUUCAUAUGCAAAUAUGAUAUUGCUUAUGUACAUGAGAACUUAAGGUUGCUUAUGAUAAAUAUGAUAUUUGUGCAGUAUAAUAAAAUGGUCGCUUCUUCUACUCCUACAGUAAACAUAAAAGCUUUCAAUUCUAUCUUCUCUGGCAGCAAAUCAUGUUAUGUUAGGGCUGUGCAAAUAUGCUGGCGAAAAAAAAGAAAAGAACCACCAAUUAUGCUAUUAUGCAAAAACAUUCUUUCAAUAUCUUAAAAGCCAAGAACUUAAAAAGUGUUCCAAAAUUAUAGUUUGGCAAGUACCUUUCUUAUCAUCUGAACUAAUACACACUUCUUGUCCAGAUAACCCAGCUGAUGUUGAGAGUGUUAUUGCUAGCAAACACAAUAAGGCCCCAAUUGCAGCUCAUCUUGAAAAUCAGAACAUUAACAAGCCAUGAUGAUGGUAUUUCAUGGUAAAAAUAGUACGGCAACAUGGACUUCAGUUGACAUUGAACCUCAGAAUAGGCCAGGUUUCCAUUCUGAACAAAGCGAAAUGAAGAGAACUGCAGUAUUACAAGCCUCAUCGUGCAAAUUUAGUCCAAAAUUUGAUUUCUAACAUCCUGAAUGUCUGAGAAGGAGAUAUUACUGCAAUAAUAAGAUCUUGGGUGAAGACUGCCUUCUGUAAAGUCAGAGCUAUUCUACUAUAACAUACUUUCAAGUACUGCAGCAACCUUUAGCUAGUCCAGAGUCCCUCAUCUGAAUAUUUACUUCCAUUGAAGUUAUAAAAAAAGCCUUCAUCAACAUGUUGGUUGGAAAUA